AAAAAAAAUGGCGGACAUGUUCUCAUUAAAACGGGCGGUUUUGAUUUAUUUGGACAGAAGUGGCGGCCUUAAGAAACUUACAGAAGACUGCAAAUCAUUUACUGAGCCCCAACAGAACGCGGUGGUAGUUUUCCGGUUCUGUAUCGACGUGAAUCCCUUUGAUGUCGUAGAGGUGGACUCGGAACUGGGUGACUAUGUAUUACACCACCCACUGCAAGCAACAGCUUUGUUUCAAUCUGUGUGCUUCUUGGCCAUAAAGACACUUUCACUUAUUGAAAGUGUACACACAGAGUGUCAGGUGAAUAUCAUUUUGAAAUUGACGCACCUGCCCCCAUUUCCUGACUACACUCUGGAUCUUGCUACCUUCCCUCGUACAAAUUGCUGCAUGAGGCCUGUCCUCAUUGAAGGUCUGGCCAUUGCCAUCACAAGGGUCACAAAAUACACCCGAGGAGCCAGGUUCCUUUGCAGUAACGACAGCUGUACCUUUUCUUCAGGUUUCCAUCACAUCCGGGUUCAUGCACCUGGAGCCACAGAGUCAGCAACCGUGAGGAAGGACUUCACCUGCAUGACCUGCAGCUCGCCUCUUAAAGAGGACAUCCAGUUCAGAGUGUUGGGAGACAAGCAGCUGGUGGAGUUGAUCCACGUCAACGCCCUGAAAGUUCUCAGUGCGCAUCAACAAAGCUCACUCAGAUACCAGUCAGUCACGCUGUUUCUUAGAGAUGAGCUGUGUAACACGAUGAGUAUUGGUCAACUCUACCGGGUGAUCGGCAUACCUGCGCAUGUGCACCAGUGGCCCAGCAUUACCUGGAGCGUGGAGGCCAAUAGCGUCCAACCGUGGGAGCCACAGUAUCCACUUGACGUCAAUGCCAAAUUUAAGGAGCUGCUGAAGGCCGCAGGAAGAUCUCCGUGGAGGUUCUCUGCCACUGUAGCACACUGCUUUGCGUUGCAUGUGGCACCUCCAGGCCUCUUCAACACAUUGAAGCUCGGCUUGUUGCUCAGCUUGGUGCAAACUAGAGGGGACGCCAAAAACAGGUCACACUUGGAUCUCCUGGUUUCUACAGGCGACACGGCAAUAGUGGAAAGGCUAAUGAGGUACAGCUUGAGCUUGUCAUGCCGUGGGGUGAGGCAUGAAGGCUCAGGGGAGAUGUUUGCAUCCUUGUCCCACGAUGAGCAUGGAGUGGGCACUGCUAAGAUCCACGCCGGUUCUGCCUUGCUCGCCAAUGGUGGUAUUUGCAUGCUUGGAGAUCUGAGCGGUUUCAAGAAGGACAAGCUGGAUGCAGUAGAGUCAGCUCUGGACAGCCGCACGGUGUCUGUGUUCAUCCCAGGGAAAAAGUAUGGCGAGGAUAUGGACCAGCAGCUUUCCUUCCCGGUCUUAUGCAGCUUCUGGGCCGUCGUGGACUCCACACAUAGUUCUCGGAGGGCAUACGAUGCAAUACUGGGAGCACCAGAAAUGGGUCCAGUACCACCUCAGCUGGCAGCCAGCUUUGGCCUCAUCAUUAAGUGUCAGGAUCAUACGAGUGAACAUGCCAUCCUCUCUCAGGCUGUCCACAUUCUCCAACAUGCCAUGCAGCCUGGAAGACGCCUCUACCCAUCCCUUGUUGACUUUUCUACCCAGGACUACAGAGAACUGGUGGCCUAUGCACAAAGCCUGCAAGUAGAUUUGAGUCCUGCAGCACUGAAGAUGAUCCACGGCUACUACAUGGCCAGCUGUAGAGUCAGAUCACAAAUUCACGGGAGCAAGAUGUCUGCGGUUUCCAUCAAAUUUCUGAUCUCUUUAGCAGAGGCCCACUGCAAAUUAAGCCUCAGAAGUGAAGUGCUGGAGGAAGACGCCGUGAUUGCGGUGCUCCUUUGUGAAAAUUCUGUCACUCUCAAGCAUGAGGCAUGUGCUCUCAUUAUUCCACCCGACGCAGUCUUCUCCGGUGAUCUGGGAGAGGACAGUUUGCGCAGGAAAGACAAAGCCCUAGAUGAGCUCCACCAGAACAUCCUACGCUUCAUCUACACCUACGCACCAGGAGCAGAUACAUACAUCACAGAGGAGUAGGAGGAUACGAGUCUCCCUCUGUACAGUUGUAACAAAGUUCGAGUCAAAUGUGCAAUGUACGUGGUGGCCAGUAUCAACACGUCCAAUUUGGACAGCUUGGUGUCCGGCGGCACCGAUGGCAACGUCCUCUGCAGCUCCAGGAAGGCGUUCCGCAGAGUUUGAACGCGGCUCCUCUCCCGCGCCGCGUUGGCAGCCGCCGGCCGGCCUCGUCCUCCCCCGAGCCCGCCGGCCUGGAGCACCCGGGCGGCGGCCCGACGACCAUCCGGGCUGGAGCUAGGGCUGGAGCCGGGGCUGUCAUCCACCACCGUCCCGGAGCAAUUGCCGUUGUCCAUUCGGUGCGUCUGUCUCCCAACCAUCUUAAAAACCUGUUAAGUUUAUUUUGUUAACGCACGUCAUUACUUUUAGUGCAGUUAAAUUAUUAAAUAGAACAGCUGUAUAUUACAUAGUUUAAAUGCCACACAUUUGACAAAUAAAGUUAAUGUGAACAGCAGCAGUCAUAUCCAAAACAUGUGCGACUCACCUCUAUUUCUGCAAGUAGGCGUCAUGGAAGACAUGCAUGUACCUCCAAGAAGUGAGAAUGUUCUCCUCAGAGGUAAAAAAAAAUAACCCUGCCAAAGCCUCAAGAUCCAACUCCACGUAUUAAUUAAUGACCUUCCAAUGUCAGUAUGACUACUUUUCUCUCCUCCCGAGUCGCUCCUCGGGCUGAGUUCCGUCACCAAUCAGGGGCAGCCUCCUUUUUCUCACCUAAAAGCUAAUACAUGUGCAACCCGGGCCUCUUCCCACUCUAAUUGGCUGCAAC